CUCAUUUGCUGCAUCUCUCUGGGACCUUGCAACASCCCUGCAAGAUGUGGACAAAGACAAUUACAGGAAAUUUUGCCAAGGUGAUUCAUGGUUUGAAUGCAAAUCAGUUGACAGAUCAAGUAAUUCAGAGAAGUAAGCGAAUGAUUCUGGAUACUCUUGGAGUGGGGCUUCUGGGUACCAGCACCGAGGUCUGCCACAAAGUGGCACAGUACAGCAAGAUCUACAGCUCAGAUUUAUCCAGUACCAUCUGGGGCCACUUGGAUUUCCGACUGCCUCCUCUGUAUGCAGCUUUUGUGAAUGGAGUGGCUGUGCACUCAAUGGACUUUGACGACACCUGGCAUCCAGCCACACACCCAUCCGGGGCCGUGCUCCCUGCAUUGAUUGCACUUGCAGAGGCCUUUCCUCAGAAGAAAAAAAUCUCGGGUCUUGAUCUGCUCUUAGCUUUCAAUGUGGGAAUUGAAGUGCAAGGCAGGUUGCUGCACUUCUCCAGAGAAGCCAGGAAUAUUCCAARAAGGUUUCACCCACCGGCUGUGGUUGGCACAAURGGGAGUGCAGCAGCUUGUGCUAAACUGCUAGCUCUUGACCAGCUGGAAUGUAAAAAUGCCUUGGCUAUUGCUGCCUCCUAUGCAGGUGCCCCACUGGCUAAUGCAGCAACCCAAAUAAAGCCCCUCCACGUAGGGAAUGCUGCGAAGCACGGACUGGAAGCAGCUUGCUUGGCUUUACAGGGCCUUCAAGGAAACAAACAGAUCUUGGACAUGGAUUCAGGGAUGGGGGCCUUUUAUACAGAUUACAGCCCACAGACUCUGCCAACCUUGCAGUCCUACCCCUGGCUCUUGGACCAACAAGAUGUGGCCAUUAAACGCUUUCCUGCUCAUCUUGCGACGCACUGGGUGGCUGAUGCAGCAUCUUCUGUUAGGAGGAAGCUUGUGGAGAGCAGUGAGAACUUGCUCCCCCUUGAUAAAAUUGAGAAAGUCACUCUGAAAGUUCCUGAGGUCAAAUAUGUGAACAGACCCAGCCCAGCCUCAGAGCACGAAGCACGACACUCCUUCCAGUUUGUUGCAUGCUCUGCUUUGCUGGAUGGCAGCAUGUCAGUCGAGUCCUUCAGCAGUCAGAAUGUCCACAGGCCGGCUUUAUGGGAGCUCCUCUGCAAAACACAGCUGGAGCACCCUCCUGACAACACCCCCAGCUUUGACAGUCUUUACUGUGAAGUGAGUGUMACACUUCGGGAUGGCAACAUGAUCAGCGACCGCUGCAAUACCUUCUACGGGCACUGGAGGAAACCCCUGAAAAAGGAGGACUUGGUGAAAAAGUUUCAAUCCAAUGCUCUCAGUAUCCUGCCCGCAGAAGCCACAGAAUGCAUUAUAGACACUGUGUACAACCUGGAAAAAGUGGAGGACUGUUCUGUGUUAAGCACAUUUCUAUCAGGACAGUCAGCUAGAGCACUUCCAGGGAAGCUGUGCUUCCUUUGAAUGCUCCGGCCAACAUGCUCUUCACAAACCCAAUGCAAAAUUCUGCACAAACUCUUAGUAACUCAAGCACUUUUAAAUAUGAAUCCUGUAAUACAAGAAGCAUAUUCAGUCCAGUAUUGUGGGUUUUCACCAAGUAAAUAAUUUAGUGAUUAUAUGCCCAGGCUGAACAAAAGAUCCUCUGCUGACACAGCCGACUUCAGCUAUCUUUGUACCUCUAGAGGCAGAGCAUUCACUGCUUGCACACGGCACAAAAAUCUCCCUAUUCUUCUGCCAAAAAUCUGCUUCUCCUAAAUAACUCCAUACAGGAAGUCCAAAUUCUGGAGGAGAAUGGAAGUGCUGUGUUCAUGAAAAUCAUCACUGUUAGAAGCACAGAGAACAAAAGCCUUUAUAUGUUUCUUUCUGUAUAUUUUAUCUCUACAACCUCCUUGAAGAGAGCACCUGUUACGUCUGAGCGUUGACAUUUGAGCUAAAAUAAACACAGCACACGCAGGGAGUGGUAGCACUCGAUACUCUGAAGCACGUCAGGCGUCACUGUGGUGACUGCUCUUGUGCUGAGAAGGCAAAGGUAUGGGCUCGGCCUGAUCACACCAGCACCGAGCAACAGGGACUGCUCCACACUCCUCGUCAUAAGGACAUUAUUCUUCACAUCCUUCCUUUGGCUCCUCUGAGCUACAGGUGUGUUCCUCUUUUAUUCCCACCCCAGUUACAUGGGACUCUGAGCAGCUGAUGCCAGUUCAGGUUACUUCAGGGCCAGCAGAGCGUGGGUUACAGUACAUGGGCAGGCAGGAGUGACGGGGACCUGUGAGCACCAGAGCACUUCUUAAGUGAGGCAAAUCAGUGUCCACAGUGAACCAGGAUAAUGAAUUCUGAGAAUUUUUUGUUCCUGAAGGAGUACAAAGCCUUGCCAGACUGAGCUCCUAAGAGAAACUGCCAACCCUUUAUUCACAUUUGUAAGAUGAAAGCAUGUGCUUUAACAUAAAACGUAUCUUCCUCAGGGCACUAAACGAUGUAUGCAAAAAGAAAUUACAAAAUAAAGCUAAUUCAUUUUACUAAA